CUGGGUUCAGGGAUUCUCGAACAAGAACUUUUGCUUUAUCAACAAUCGAACUGUCUGCUACCCUUGUGGCAAUUACAUCCUCUUCCUGGACAUUGAAACAAAGAAAACGACAGUGCUGCAGUGUCAGACGGGCCAGAUGGGAGCCUUUGCAGCGCAUGGGAACAGUCACGUGCUGGCCUUUUCCGACCAGAAGCUGAAUCCCGUCAUAUAUAUCUACAAUUUUCCAGAACUGAGUAAACUGACAGAAUUAAAAGGUAAUGCUCAACUGGACUACACCUUACUUGCCUUUAGUUUCACAGGCCCAUAUCUAGCCAGUUACUCUUCAAUCCCAGAAUUUGUUCUUUCAGUAUGGAACUGGCAAGAAAAUAUCCUCCUGUGCAGUGAGUCUCAGCCAGGGGUAACAGUGACCUCUUUAAGUUUUAACCCUAUGAAUUGGCAACAACUGUGUUUUGUUAAUGAGAGCUCCAUUACUAUCUGGCAUAUUGAAAGGAAUAAUGAUGAGCAUCACCUUAAGCAAAAAACUGUGAAACUCCCUAGUCGACGAGGGUCACAUAAAGAUUUGUUUUUCCCAGUUUCUCAUCAUGAAGAUCCGUACCAUGGCCCUGAUUUGCCAGUUUCAGUCAUUGCUGGACUGGCAGGAGAUGAAGCAGAAACAUUCAUGGCAGUUACUGACUUUCCUUCACUGCAACCUACUGCCCACUGCUGGACUGCAAACUCAGUAAUUUACAUGAGCUGUAAAGAAGGAUAUGUUUUGGCAAUUGAUGCUGAGAAAGGCAGUAUUUCUGUUCUUCAACAAAAACCUCUACCUGGUGUCAUACCAAAGGAUCUGCGAAAACCAGUUUUAAUUGCCAUGGCAUUUUGUAAGGAGGGACUCUACGCAACUGGAAGUGAGGGCUUUUUAUUCUUUUAUCGCAUCAAAGGUCUGCAGUAUGAAAUGAAAAUCUGCGCUGAAAUCUUGCAACCAAUAUCCAACCUCAUAUUCUCUCCUGAUUACACCAUACUUCUGCUUGUCACUGAGCAGGGGACAAUGUAUACUUACAAACCUGCCCAGAGUGGAGAAGCUGUCAAGCUCUUGGACCCAUGCAGCAGUUGUUUUCUGGCAGCUGAUUUUCUUACUCCAGGGAACAAGUACUGUGUAUCUGUAACAACUUCAGGUGAAGUGCAAGUUUGGUUCCUGGAAGAUGGAACUUGCCUCAGCAAGCUCAACCUUGAUGUUGAGGCAACUACAGUGGCUUGCUGUCCCUCCUCCAACAGUGCUGCUGUAGGGACCAAAAGAGGUCAAAUCUAUUUCCUUGAUGUUACCAAAGUUGAAGCUCCAUGGGUUGUUCACAGAAUUUUUCUUUCCAGAUUUCCAGUGCUGUCUUUGCAUUAUGAUCAGAGUGGCCAGAUCCUCAUCGCUAGAGCUACAGAAGGACAUAUCUUUAUUCUAGAUGCUCGGCCUUCAAAAUUAUUCCAGGUUCUUGGAUAUGUAGUGUUGACAGAUGAAGUGCUGGAUCUUUCUGUAGUUUCUGACUUCAAGAAUGACUUAGUUGAAGUAAUGGUACUUCUUAAUGUAACAGAAGUCCAGCGAGCAAGACUGGAAAUUCUUUGUCUGUCUUCAGCACUGACAACAGAUAAAGAUAAGUAUGUUAAUGAAAAAGGAAUGAUUGAUGCUAGUGCCAUUAAAAAGGAGCAGUAUGAUCUGGAUUACCCUUUGAGCUCAGCAGUCAGAUUAAAGGAUAACACUGUGUAUGGCUACUGUACCGGCGCAUCUUUCAUCUGCAAAUACCAUCUCUCUGAAGAGACUAUGUUGAAAGAUCCGUCAAUAUUUUUAUCAGAAAAGAGGAUUCCAAGCAAUCAGUUUGGAUCAGGUUUCCUCUGCUUAUCACCCAACAGCCAGUGGCUGGCAUCAGCAGCAAAGGAUGGUGCUUUGUUCAUCUAUGAUACUUCUGCUAUGGAAAUACUUGCUCAAAUGUAUUGUCACUCAUAUCAAGGAGGGGGAAUCAGAUCCAUGGUAUUUUCGCUGGAUGGCAAAUUCAUUCUUAUUAAUGGCAAAAAUGAUGGUACCCUGGUGUGUCUGAAAUGGAAGAAGAUAAAGAAAAUUGAAGUUAAGGAAGCUGAUUUUCACUGGCAAUCUCUUCUUGCUAUACUGAACAAGUCUACUUCAAAUGAAAAUGUUGUUUUAAAAUCUAUGGCAGAAUGGCAGUUUGACCCAGAGACCACAUCGAAAUCACUUCCAGAUAAGAAAUUUAAGGAGGCACCACUUAAAUCUUCCAACGUAGAGGUGAAAGAAGAAGAUGGAAAUGUCACCGGCUUGUAUUCAGACAGUACCAAUGAGAUGACAUGGAUAGGUCAGAAAAUAAAGAAGGUCAUUAGAGAAGAGAAUCACAGGUUUGCUAACCAGAAGGAAGAGCUGCUAAUGGGAAUUAGAAAGCUACAUAAAAGUUUCUUACAAAAACAGAUCCAGAAAAUGAUGCAUGAAAAUGAACAGGUGCCAGACAUUGAGAAACUGGAGAAGCAUGAGUUCAACCUGGAUAUAGAAGAACAGGAGAGAGCGCAAGCAAAGGCGGAUCAAGAAGUGGCCAGGGUGAGGGAGGAGAUUGAGAUGGAGAAUUUAGCUAACCGCUAUUUGCAGGAUGUCAUCAAACAUGAGUGCUGGGACUCUAUGAGCGUAAAGGGGCGUGCAGUUAAGAAAUGUUAUCAUGUCUGUGAUAUUCAGCUUCAGAAAUAAAAUCUUGAGACUGAGUCUGAGAUUGUAUUAUCGGAAGGAGAGAAGGCAGAAGAAGUAACGGCUGAUGAUAGCGCAUCUUACUGCCUAAUUGGAAGUCUGAGCUCUCAGUAAGACACAUCUAUCCUUUACCACCAGUGGGACUUGCAUACCAGGGAGCAGAAAGUCAAUCAGAUAGUAUUAUUAAAGGACAUCAUUUACAAAGUGAAAACUGCUUUUUAUAAGGAAUUUGACAUAGUUGCUCAACAAAAGGAGCAGGAGAUAGCACGAGUGAAAGAAAGAAACCUGAAGAUCCGAGAAAUCUUGGCACAACUUGACCUCCAAGUGGAAGUGUGGGAGCCAGCUCUUACAGAUGAUGAGAUACCAGAGCGAGCGCUUACUGUUCAGGAUUCAGAGAUUAAGAUUGAAAAAUACUUGACCCAACAAGAGAGAGAGCAAGCAGAAAUGCUGGCUAAGCUUGAAAUGGAAAGACGCCUUGCUGCUAAGGAUAAUGAAAGACUGCGUGCUCUUGAUUAUAUGAUGGGUGGAGUGCUAGAAGUCAAAAAGGAAGACAUCUUGAAAAUGGAUAUUCCUCCACCUUCUUUUGUAUACAAGCCUGAGCAAGUUUGGAGUGAAGAAGAAAAGAAAAUAUUUGAAGAAUAUCAGAGAAAAGUCAAGGAGCUGAAUGAAGAAAAACAAAAGUGCAGAAGGGCACUGGAAAAUGAACUGAAGAAACCUGAAGCUUCCAUCCAGGAAACAACACAAAAAUUUGGCAACACUGUGUGCAAACUCUCUGAAAGUGAAAUUAGAGAUGACAUGUUAACAUUUUUUAUUACAAUCUUUUCACAGGAAGAACUCAAAAUUCUCAAUCUUGUUUAUGCUUUGCUGUUGGAUGAAGAGUUGGAUACUAGAGAAGCUGGACCUCGUAAUUUCCUUAUGAAAAAGGAGAAAGAAAAAGUCAAGACUGCAAGAUUAAUCCAGACUACAAAAGAUAAAAUUGAACGUUACACAGACACCUAUGAAAAUGCAAAAGCUGAAGAGAAGGAUCUGGAAUGUGGUUUUGAAAAGGAGUUUGCCAACGUACCUGUCAAUCUCCUUGAGAAACUUUUCCAACUUUAUGAACAUCGACCAAAGACCCCAGUGACAGAAAUGCUCCUGGACACCGCCAACCCAUAUGGGAAUUGUGCAGGCUCAGCUGAAGAUUACAAAGAUGCACUUACCCUUUUAAUGAAAGCCAUGGAUGAACUGGAUAGUCCUGAGUACAUGCCUAAUGGCUUGGACCCAUCUAUAUGGAGGCAUUUUUGUCUAGCUAGACGAAAUAAAAUGGAGAUUGAGGAGCUGGUGAAAUGGAAAGCCUGAAAACUGGCAGAGAUGGAGGCCUUUUAUCAGAGAAGAAUGGAUGACAAUGAGAACAUUCAGUCAGAAAUAGAAGACAUCUUCAAAGAACUCACUUGGCUGCAGGAGGAGAAGAUGAAACUUCAACUGAAUUUGCCUAUCCAGUUUUUGCUAAAACAAGGACAGGUGGAAUUGGAAAGCACUGAGAUCCCAGACUACACUGAUGCCAUUCUCAUUAAGAAGAGUGUUGUUGAAGAACUGAAUUGCUCUAUCACAGUUCAAGGAGAAAAAAAAAUUGCUAGCAUGAUAGAAUGUAAAGACUUCUCUAAAGGGAUAUUUAAGCUGGAAUGGGAACACAAGAAAAUGAGAAUGCAGAUAGAAGAUCUGAAACAGAAGGCUCGAGAUAUUGUAACACUACCUAUUACAAAAGAAUGUCAGUUAUUUCUAACUGUGCUGGACCAUGACAGCCGCGUUGCCCACCGCAUUUCAAUGAUGGAGCAGACUCUUGGCGUCAUGGAUAAGUGGCACAAGAAGAAUGUGAAGAACCAUCAGAAAAUAAUUAAAGAGUUGGAGAAGUGCAUCAGUUUAAUAGAGCAAACAAACUACGAGCUCAGCCUGGAGCUGAAAGAAAUGCUUGUAUCUGUUUCAGAAAGGAGGCAUAUCUCUGCGGGAGCCGACACACAGCACAUUUCUGAAAAGAUUGCAAGGCAGCCUUACCAAGAGAUUUUGAAACAGAAACACCUGCGGCAUCUUUUAAAGGAACAGGAAGAACAGUUUGAAACUCUUCAGGCAGAAGUUGAAAGACUGAUAUCAAGAACAUUCCCUAUUCUUUAA